GGAAGUGGGUGUCGGGGGAAUUUAUUUUUUAUUUUUUAAAGCGUACAGCGAAGGCAGAAGGGAAAUUGAGAGCUGAAGAUGCAGUCUGUAUGGAACUUCGUGAAGCGACAUAAGAGGAAGAUCAUUUUCUUUGGUGCAUUUGUGGGAGGUGUCUAUCUUCUUGGAAAGUAUGCUGAAAAGAAAAUCAGAGAGAUUCAAGACAGAGAAGCAGCUGAAUGUAUUGCACAGGCACGGAAACAGCACCAUUUUGAAAGCAACCAGCGGACAUGCAACAUGACAGUUUUAUCAAUGCUGCCAGCACUGAGGGAGGCUUUGAUGCUACAACUGAAUUCUGAGAGUUUAACCAGCUUGCUGAAAAACAGGCCUGCAAACAAAAUUGAAAUAUGGGAGGAUCUGAAAAUUCUGAGUUUCACCAGAAGCAUAGUUGCUGUUUACAGUACGUGCAUGCUUGUUUUACUCCUUCGUGUUCAGCUGAAUAUUCUUGGUGGAUAUAUCUAUCUGGAUAAUUCCUUGGUGGGAAAACAUGGCACUGCAGUUCAAGCUUCCCCUGAGGUGCAACAACAAUAUCUGUCCAGUAUCCAACACCUCCUUGGAGAUGGUCUGACUGAGCUGAUAACAACAGUGAAACAAGCUGUCCAGAAAGAGCUUGGCAGCUUGUCUCUGAAACACUCCGUCUCUCUCAUUGAGUUGGAACAGAAAAUCAAUGACAUUCGAAAGCAAAUAGAAGAAGACACAAAACCUCUGGGUCAGCAAGAAGUGGACUGCAAGUCAAAGUUAUGUCGCUAUAUGAUGCCAGAUGAUGAGACUCCAUUAAACUCUCAGGCAUUUGGGCUGACAGAAAAAGAUGCCACAACAAUAAGACUACUGAAUGAAACUCGUGACAUGCUUGAAAGCAAAGACUUCAACACAGUAUUGAACUCAUGCUUGAGUCAAGGUUUUAUAAGGCUUCUUGGCAGCAUUGCAGACUUCUUUCAACCUAAUCAGCGAGAAGUGAACCAGAUCAGCCCAGUGAACAGCAUUGGUCUGCCUCUAGCCAAAAUUAUUCCAAUAGUAAAUGGACAAAUACACUCCAUAUGCAGUGAAAUGCCUAAUCACUUUAUUCAGGACCUUUUGCUUAUGGAGCAAGUGAAAGACUUUGCUGCCAAUGUGUAUGAGGCUUUCAGCACACCACAGCAACUAGAAAAAUAAUGGAUAACACAUCUUUUAAUAAAUAUCCGGGACAUCAAUGUUAACAAAGUGCAUAUGGCAUUUCUUUUCAUUCAAGCAAUGCAAGAUGUUUCUGUCCUGACCUGAAGAUUCGGGAGUCAUUUGCUUCAUGUUAUUUCAUUUAGGUUUUAUUAUACAAUAAACUUGUGCAAUUUCAAAAGCA